CCCGUCGCCAUGGCAACGGAGGGCCCGCCGCGCCUGGCGUUGCCAUGGUAACGGCGCAGGCCUUCCGGCGGCGGCCGGAAGCGGGGCGGCGCGCGACAAGAUGGCGGCGGGGCGGCGGUGCCCAGCGGCCGGCAGCGCCCUCACCCUGCUGCUGAGCCUCGGCGCCUCCGGGCCCGCGCUGCUGCGGGGCGGGGGCGGCACCGGCGGCACCCCCGAGACCCCCCUGAGGGCGGGGGAAGUCCACAGGCUGCUCACCUACAUCUUCAGCUACGACGACCUGAUAUCCCUGAGCUGCGGCGCUGUUCUCGUCUGGUACUUUGCAGGCAGCUUUGAGAAGAACGUGGGCACUGCCAAGCACUGCUUCCUCACCGUCCUGUUCGCCGUCCUCUCCGCCCUCCUGUACCUCCUGCUUGCGGCUGUCGUCUCGAGGGUGGUGGAGGUGGAGGACCCCAGGGGGUUCAUGCCGGUGGCGUUUGCCAUGUUGGGGGUGUCGACCACACGCUCGCGGAUGAGGAGGGCUCUGUUCCUCGGGGUGAGGGUCCCGGUGGUGCUGGUGCCGUGGUUUCUGCUCUGCGUGGCGUGGUUUAUCCCCCGCUCCUCCCUCCUCGGUAACAUCUGCGGGCUUCUGGUUGGGGAGGCCUAUGGGCUCGGCUACUGCUUCUGCCUGGAUAUUCCCGAGUCGGUGAGCUCUAAGCUGGAUCGGCUGUUCCCCUUCACCCUGCUGAAGAGAGUGCCAGGGCUGAGAUACAUCCAGGGGGCCUCGGCGGAGAGGAGAGCCUCCGAGAGCGUCAAGAUCACCCCUCCGCCAGGCUCGUACCCCACGCAAAGCUCCUGCAGCUCCUCGCCUCCAGCUCUUCCCACUUUCCCCCCGCAGCACCCCGCUGCUCAGAGCCCGGGCUUCCAGCACAGCUGCACGCCAGGACACGGCCCCGCGGGGGGACACGCGGGGGCUCAGCACAGCUCUGCAGCAGGACACGGCCUCCCUUCCUCCCCCUCCCAAGCCAGAAGUGCCUUUGGGGACUUUUACCCCCAAACCCACGCCGGGGCCUCGCCGGGACAGUUCUGCCAGCCGGGCAAGUUCUCCAUCCCACAACAUGUGUGCCCACCAGGACUACAGGCACCCGUGGGCCCGGAGCCCCUGGCUGGGGUUCAGCAAGCCCCGGGACAUCCAGCAGCCCCACUCGUUCCAGCUGAAUUUUCCAGGAUCCAGGUGUACUGAUCCUCCCGAGGGCAGCGGGGCUCCUCUGGCACGGGAGGACUGUGUAUGGUGCUCGUGUGGCAGCUGGCCACUGUUGCUGAAUGGGUUAUUUAAUUGUUUCCUUUGGAAUUUUGAUACUUUUUUAGUAUUUUCUGCCCCCCUAAACCCCCCUAAACUCCUCAACAAGGCAGCUCAGACACGUGAAAAAUAGUGUAAGUGUCCUCAGGGGGGGAUUUUGGCCGUUUGUGCAGCGAGCAUGAAGCCAAGGAGCUGGGAGGGACCUUGAGAGAGGGUUAGAAGAGUGAACUGGAACGAUGCCGUUCCACUGGGGUGCUCACAUGGCUCAGCUGGAGGUGUGUGGCCCACCAGCACUAACACAACCUCUCUGUUUCCUUCAGAGGGGGUGGGAAGAUGUGUGGGAGAGGAGUUUCCAGCAAGGGAUGGAGAGCAGGGCGCUGUGCGGUGCUGGUGGCGGAGGGCUGGGGUUGGUGGGACUUGCUGGGCUUUGUUUCCCACCGUGCUGUGCCCGGGAGGAAUCUCCUCUUUCUGUCUGUGAAACGGGCAGGAUCUCAGCUGCUGUAUUGAUCAGCUGCUUAGAGGUUUAUUCUCAGAGAAAAUAACAACAAGAAGUGCUGCGUGAAGCUCCAGGUGCCUUUGCUGCUCUGGGGAAUGGCCUCGCCGUGCCUGCCCUGCCUCCUCAGGGCUCCUCCGUGCUAUCCCAGCCCGCAGGUAGGAGGCAGCACGGAUGGCUGCGUGCCCCAAAGCACCCACGUGCCUUUUCCUUUCUCCCCUUUCCCCUUUUUGGGUGCCUGAGGAGGCCCCGUGUUGCUGCACAGCUGCCACGGUGACGCGUGGCCUCGCAGGGGCUUGCUUUGGGGGCAGACUGCAGCGAAAGCCGAGGGCUCAGAGCUCAGCUCUGUGCUCGUCUGAAGCUGCUUGCAGAGGUGGAGGCUGGAGAGAGAGAGGGGCUUUCUGGGGGGUGCAGCCCUCGGAAGCAGCCUGUGGGGGCUGGAGUUGGUGGCUGGCUCCAUCCUGGUUGUUUCCCCCCUCCCUGGGAUCUCAGGUGGGUUUGGUUUCGUGGUCCUGUUCCUCCCGAGCUGCUGGCAGCAAUGGCGUUGUUUAACGUGGAGCAACGACAGGACGAGGAGCUCGCCUGAAACUUAACAGGGAAACUUCAAAAAGGAACUUUAAUACCAGGAAGGAGCUGCUAGACGUGAUUGAAGCCCUGAUGUUCCCCUCGAUUAGUGCCUUGGUGCCCUCCCUCGUCAGAGCCUUCCCCCGAACCGUGAUGUUUUCCCACUCUUGUUUCCAGAAACGUGCAGAGAACCCAGGAGGGUGAGGAGGACUUCCAGUGUCGUGUACCCUCAAACCGAAAGCUUGAAAUACAACUGGAAACAAAC